GUCACGUCGCCUACUGUCGCAGCUCCAUCCUACACGACGUCCGCCCGCAGAGUUGACUUGUUAUUCCAAUGGCUUCGCCGCAAGGGUACAAGCCUCGUCGGCGGAGGAAGAUCGAAGAGGGAUCUCUUGCUCACGUAACCCACGGUACCCUCGACCUGGACCAGUCCAGCCAUGCCCGCAAGCCUGCAUUUCCCCUCGUUGCGUUUCUCUGGCCUGCCAAGGGUGUUGUCUCGCAAUGGAUCACCAUACCGGUAAUCCUCAUGGUGGUAGGGCUCUUUCGAUGGACGACUGGUCUGUGGGGAUAUUCUGGCUUCAAUUCACCGCCCAUGCACGGAGACUUUGAAGCUCAGCGGCACUGGAUGGAGCUCACCCAGCAUCUCCCUGUGUCGCAUUGGUAUUUUUACGACCUCGAGUGGUGGGGUCUGGACUAUCCGCCUCUGACUGCAUACCAUAGCUGGCUUCUGGGUACCAUUGGUUCCGCCAUCAACCCUCAGUGGUUCGCACUGUUCGAUUCGCGAGCGCUCGAUGACCCGUUGUUGAAAAUCUACAUGCGCGCAACCGUUCUCGUGUCCGAAUAUCUAAUCUACGUCCCGGCUACCAUCAUAUUCUUGAGACGAUACUCUCGCGCCGAAAAAGUCAAUGUGUGGGAGGCUUCCAUCGCUCUCGUUGCGAUCCUUAUGCAGCCUGCCACAUUGCUGAUCGAUCAUGGGCACUUUCAGUACAACACCGUCAUGUUGGGUCUUGCGGUGGCGAGCUUGUCGAGCAUUCAGGCUGGGCGCUACCUUUGGAGCUGCGUAUUCUUCGUGGGCGCACUCGGCUUCAAGCAGAUGGCAUUGUUCUAUGCGCCUGCUGUCUUCGCCUACCUCCUUGGCAUAUGCGUCUUCCCGCGGAUCAAUGUGGUCAGGCUCUUGUCGAUCGCCGUUACUACUGUUGCAGCCUUUGCACUUCUCUACCUACCAUUCCUCGUUGGGAUCUCGUACGAUGUGUAUAAGAUUAUGCCGCUCAAGGGCCUCCCGCUGCCUCCGCUGCUGGAGUCUCUACCAAUGUCACUGAACCCGGAGGCUUGGUACUACCCCUACAUCUUAGGACUAGGCCAGUCAGUUCACCGGAUCUUCCCCUUCGCGCGAGGACUGUUUGAAGACAAGGUAGCGAACGUCUGGUGCACCAUUCAUACCUUCCACAAGCUCCACAGAUAUUCCGGAACUCUUCUUCAACGCGCCGCUCUGGUCGCCACCCUGGCCUCGAUCACCCCGCCAUGCCUGAUCUUGUUCCUCAAGCCACGAAGACAGCUAGUCCCUCUUGCUUUUGCGACCACCGCCUGGGGCUUUUUCCUCUGUUCAUACCAGGUCCACGAGAAGAAUGUCUUGCUACCGCUUCUUCCGAUGACACUCUUGCUGAGUGGACAGGGAGGACUCUUACCGUCUGUCCGUGCUUGGGUAGGAUUGGCCAAUAUGCUGGGUGUCUGGACCAUGUUUCCGCUACUCAAGAGGGAUGAGCUCAGAGUGCCAUACUUUGUCAUCUCGUUGCUUUGGGCAUAUCUACUCGGGCUGCCACCUGUCUCCUUCUCCGCAUACCAUGAGGGCACCUCUGGUGGCCUGAGCCUUCCCACGAAGAUCCUACACCUCAACAUUUAUGUCGCCAUGGUAGGGUGGCACGUCGCAGAAGCUUUUGUCGCUACACCGGCCGACAAACCGGAUUUGUGGGUCGUGGCGAAUGCCAUCAUCGGAUGCGGAGGCUUCGCCCUAUGCUAUUUGUGGUGUUUGUGGACACUGCUUCGCAAGAGCGAGUUGCUGGGCUUCAAGGCAAAGAGCAAAACGCAGUAG